CGGCGUCUGCUCGCUGGGGUGUUGCCAUGGAGAUCCCGGCUCGAGGUCCGCUCACGGCAGUGCUGGAGGAAGAGAGCAUCUCGCGGCUGGGGUCCGAGAAUCGAAUUCAGGACCUUGGAGAGAAGCGGUGCCGAGGACCCCCUUUCAGCCAAGGGAACUACUACAUGCUCAUAGUGAUCGGAGAGAUAGCGACAGACCACCAGCUGCAACGCGCCAGAGACCACUUAGAGCGGGGGAUCCGCUCCUGGGACGUCAGCCUCAAGUCAUGUGACCUGGACCAUCAGCUGCAGCUGUUUGUGACGCGUCACUCCGCACAGUUCUCCGCAGAGGUUAGAGGACAACGGACUCUCCGCCACAAAAGUGAUGUCCUAGAGACUGUGGUGUUAGUCAACCCAUCCGAGGAUACAGUUGCUUUAGAGAUCCAGUCUCUUGUCACAGACUCAGCAGGACAUAAGCUCUUGGUCCUGAGUGGGCAGAACUCAGACCACGGUGACCUGCUUCUCCAAAGUGGAGUUUUCACCUAUCAGAGCUUCUCACAAGUCUUUGCUGAUCCUGGGGUCAGUGAUUUGCUGGGCGAAGCGGCCCCCGAGCAGCGGGCCACACUCACUGUGUCCUGCCGAGCGGAGGUGGGUUGGAGCUCCCUGGGUCAGCAGCAGCACUUACGGGAGUUCCUUGAGUACAGACUGAACCCUGAGCCUGUGCUCCCCAAGAUGGAGGGAGUCACAGAGUUCACGGAGUACAUCUCCGAGACGGUAGACGUGCCUUCGCCCUUUGACCUCCUGGAGCCGCCCACAUCUGGAGGCUUCCUGAAACUGUCCAGGCCCUGCUGCUAUGUCUUCCCUGGGGGGAGGGGCGACUCGGCCCUGUUUGCGGUCAAUGGCUUCAACAUUCUAGUGGAUGGAGGCUCUGAAAGGAAAUCAUGCUUCUGGAAGUUGGUCAGACACUUGGACCGCAUCGACUCGAUUUUACUCACUCACAUUGGCGCAGACAAUCUGCCAGGCAUCAACGGGCUUCUUCAAAGGAAAAUAGCAGAGCAGGAGGAGGAACAGUCACAAGGCUCUGCUAGCUACAGCGACUGGAUGAAGAACCUGAUCUCUCCAGAGCUUGGUGUGAUCUUCUUCAAUGUACCCGAGAAGCUACGUAUGCCAGAAUCAAACCUAAAGGUCAAGCGUAGCAUCGAGGAGGCCUCACUCACGUUGCAGUACCUCAACAAACUGGGAAUCAAGCCGGAGCCUCUCUGUAGACUGGUCAGUAACCCUGUUGAGCCUUUAACUCUUUUCCAUAAGAUGGGAGUGGGCAAGUUAGACAUGUAUGUUCUGAACCCCGUCAAGGACAGUAAAGAGAUGCAGUUUUUCAUGCAAAAGUGGGCGGGUAACAGCAAGGCCAAAACUGGCAUUGUGCUCCCCAAUGGAAAAGAGGGAGAAAUAUCUGUACCUUACCUGACAUCAGUUACAGCAUUAGUCGUCUGGCUUCCUGCCAAUCCUGCCGAAAAGAUUGUCAGAGUGCUGUUCCCUGGAAACGCACCACAAAACAAAAUCCUGGAAGGCCUGGAGAAAUUAAAGCACCUUGACUUCUUGCGAUACCCAGUAGCCACACAAAAAGACAUUGCCUCAGGAGCUCCACCUGCUGUUGUAAAACAGACAAAGCUGAAGCAAAGGACAGACAGCAAAGAGAGUCUCAAAUCAUCUCCCAAGACUACCAAAUCCCCAAAGAAAGAAGCAGACGAUGAGGUUUCGGUGACCACAGAGGCAAAGAGUGACUCUGUGAAGGAAGGUAGGAAACUGGUAGAGAAUGAAAAACCCACAAAAAUACUAAAAUCCAAGACUGAUGGACCAGAAAAUAAACAACUUUUGAAGGAGAAAUCCUUGAAAAAACACUCAAAGGAAAGGGCAUCCAAGAUGGAUGAGAAAAAAGACAAGGAAAAGAAAGAGAUCAAACAUGUCAAGAAAGAUGACGCAGCUAAAAAAGAAGACAAAAAAAAAGACCCCAAAGUUGACAAGAAAAAGGACACGUCCAAACCAGAGGUCAGAAAGAUGACAAAACCUGACCUAAAACCCCUCACACCAGAGGUCAGAAAGACCCUGCACAGGGCAAAAGCGUCAAGUAAACCCAAAACCGACAAAAGCAAAGUCAAAACGGCCAAGGCAGAGCCUGCUGAACCCAAAUCUGAGGAACUAUCAGCAGAUACCAUUCAGCCUGAGCCAUUACAGAAUGGGGCUGGUGAGGGCAUGUCUGCUUCCUCCACUCCAGAGGAUCUUACCAAGCCACCAGAGAGUGCAGUGGAGACACCAGCAGAAGAAAGCAUGACCGAAUCCCCUACCCAGGAGGAGGAGAAAGAACAGGAAACUGUCUCUCAAACUCCAACGGGCACAAAGUCACCUGAGAAGGGAGCAGCCACAGCAAUGGGAUUUGAGACUGAAUCUCAAAGAAAAGAGGACAAAUUAGCACAAGAGCAUAAAGAAGAAUUUCAAGCACAGGAUGUGGAUAUCUAUGAGGAUGAGGGAGCUGCCAUUGAGGACGAUGAGGUGGAGGAAAAAGAAGGCCUGAUAGCAGAGAGGAAAAUGGUAGAGGAAGAGGAAGAUAUGGGGAUAGGGGAGGAGGAAGAGGAAGGAGAAGAUAACAGACUAGACAGGAAACAUGAGGUGGAGGAAAUGGAGAAAGCUGAAAAGCCCACAGCUAUGGCUAAAGAGGAAAGCAGAAGGCCUUCAUUCCAGGAGGAGGAAGAGGAAGAUGAAGAUGUUGUUGAAAAGGCAGAGCUGGAAGAGGUAGAAGACUUAGACGUGAUAGCUGAUGAAGAGGUCAAAGACAAACCUGAAGCGGGAGAGAAAGAAACAUCGGCCAAGAACUGGGAAAGCAAAGCAGUCGAACAGACUGCUGGAGCCAAAGAGGAGGAUGAGGAAGAUGAGGAAGGCUACAUCUCAAAUGUUGGAGGCGCUACAGCCGACAUAGUAUCAACACUGCAAGGAGCCGCUGCUGCCGAGCCCAUCUCCUUCAUUCAAGACGAAACCAUUCCCGGUUACUCCGAAACUGAACAGACCAUCUCGGAUGAGGAGAUUCACGAGGAGGCGGAAGACAGGAUACCACACCUCCAAUACGAAGUGGGUACAUAUGACAUCUCUGUCCCAGAUCAGACAGGCUCCUUGGACACCAUCCACAGGAUGAAGGAGAUGCAAGCAGCAGCUAUGGCUGAUGUAACAACCAAAGGUUUCAUGAGUGGACAGGAGCAAGUAUCAGUAUUCACUAACAUCAUGUCUGCUCCCUUGGCAGAGGAAGAACUUGUUUCCUCAGCCACAUCCAUCACGGAGUAUGAUAAAUUGUCCUCCUUUCCUACCUCUAUUGCAGAGGACCAAUUGGUUACUCCCGUCACUACACCUCAGACUGAGGAAACGGGCAAAAGCUCACUGGUUAACGAUACUGUUAACAUCGUUCCCAUGGCAAUUCCAACCGAGGCCACACAUGGGAAAGAACACUUCCACUCUGCUGGGACCAUCUCACCAACAUCCUCCUUGGAGGACGACAAGUGCUUAAAGUCACCUCCAUCUGAGGAGUGCCUUCCUGUUGUCUCUGAUGUGAAGACUGAGGAUAAGGUCAUCAAGGCUCACGACGAAGAGGAAGAAGAAGAAGACCAAACUCCUAACAUUGACAUUUCACUUGAAAAACUACAGGAGAGUUUUGCCUCUCCUCAAAUGUUCCAGGAUAGAGAAAGGGAUGUGGAAAAGCUCCCUGCCUCUGAGUCUCGUGUCUCCAAACCUGUUCAGGAUUUGAAGCUGGAUCAACCACCAGUUGAUGAGGAGGUAGAGCUCUUUAAGUCCAAAGAAGACAUCUCCACGGCAGUGCCUACAAAACCCCUUUCACCUCCACCCUCUUUCUCAAAGCCAUUUAGGUCAGACUCAGUUACUUCAGAAGGUGAAGAGCGGUGCUUCAGUCCAGACGAUAGCACUGUGAAAAUGGCCUCUCCCACACAGUCUGGACCUCCCAGUGCAACCCACUCUCCUCUUCAUCAGUCGCCUGUGGAAGAAAAGACCAAGGGCUUCCCAGGACUGGAGCAUCAAACACAGGAGGACAUUCAUGAUUCAGCCACCAGAACAGACGAUGAGGAUGCGAAGAAAGAUCCAGAAUAUAAUAAGGAAAACCUAGAUGCUGCCAUCCAGAAAGAAAGUCAACGUGAGUCAGAUGCACCACCAUCUGGGGAGAAAUCAUUUGAACAAGACUUGGCGGUUACAAAAGUAGAAGAAAAAGAUGGUCUCUCCGCUUCCACAGAUGAGAUCCAACAGGAGACAACUCCUCUUCCCUCUGAGUCAGUCACAAGGAAAGAUGGUCUCUCCGCUUCCACAGAUGAGAUCCAACAGGAGACAACUCCUCUUCCCUCUGAGUCAGUCACAAGGAAAGAUGGUCUCUCCGCUUCCACAGAUGAGAUCCAACAGGAGACAACUCCUCUUCCCUCUGAGUCAGUCACAAGGAAAGAUGGUCUCUCCGCUUCCACAGAUGAGAUCCAACAGGAGACAACUCCUCUUCCCUCUGAGUCAGUCACAAGGAAAGAUGGUCUCUCCGCUUCCACAGAUGAGAUCCAACAGGAGACAGCUCCUCUUCCCUCUGAGUCAGUCACAAGGAAAGAUGAAGUUUCCUUAUUAGGAAAGGAAUCUUUACGGGAAGACAUUUCUAGUGGUGAGGCUAUACUCGGACACAGUGAUGAGGAAGAUGAUGAUGACCAUCAAGAGAAAGAAUCCAAAGCAUGCAGUAAGGCUAAAUUUCCAAAGGAGAAGGAGAGUAGCUUCUUAGAUGAUGACGACGGUGAGGAUGAUGAUGAUGAUGAUGAUGACGAUACUUCUGAUGUAAAACCCAUAAAACAGGACAUGAAGGAGAAAGAGACGGAAAAGGUUGGUACCACUGAAGCUGAACCCAUCAAGGAAGAUACAGAUUUGAAAGUGAAGGAAAAAUGUGAUAUUCAUGAAUUUGAACCCAUCAAGGAAGAUAAGAAAGUAACAGAAAAGGUUGGUGCUACUGAAGCUGAACCCAUCAAGGAAGAUAAGAAAGUAACAGAAAAGGUUUGUGCUACUGAAGCUGAACCCAUCAAGGAAGAUAAGAAAGUAACAGAAAAGGUUGGUGCUACUGAAGCUGAACCCAUCAAGGAAGAUAAGAAAGUAACAGAAAAGGUUGGUACUACUGAAGCUGAACCCAUCAAGGAAGAUAAGAAAGUAACAGAAAAGGUUGGUACGACUGAAGCUGAACCCAUCAAGAAAGUAACAGAAAAGGUUGGUGCUACUGAAGCUGAACCCAUCAAGGAAGAUAAGAAAGUAACAGAAAAGGUUGGUACGACUGAAGCUGAACCCAUCAAGGAAGAUAAGAAAGUAACAGAAAAGGUUGGUACGACUGAAGCUGAACCCAUCAAGGAAGAUAAGAAAGUAACAGAAAAGGUUGGUACUACUGAAGCUGAACCCAUCAAGGAAGAUAAGAAAGUAACAGAAAAGGUUGGUGCUACUGAAGCUGAACCCAUCAAGGAAGAUAAAGAUACUUGUGGGGCCGAGCUCAUCAAGGAGAAGUGUGAACCUCUGAAAGAAGAGAAACAGAAAGAAAUAGAGACUAUAUUAACUUCUAAAGAUGAGCUAAGCUCUUGUAUCUCUACCUCUAAAGUGGAGCCAGCCUCAGACUCCACCACAACACAACAAAUAGUACAAGAGAAAGAUACCCUUGUGGCUGAAGCCAUGAAAGAUGAGACAAAAGAAAAGGAUACCUUUGACACUGAACCGAUAAGAGAAGAUAAAAUAGAAAAAGAGCGAGAUACCCUUGUCAGUGAACCGACGAAAGAAGAGCACAGAGAGAAACAGAAGGGUGAUACAUGCAUGGCUGAAUCCACCCAGGGUGAGAAUAAAGAAAAUUAUAAUUUGUUUGAGAUUGAAGUCAGUCAGGAAGAGAACAUGGAGAAAGAGAAAGAUGAUACUCAUGUGGCUGGUGUCAGUAAAGAACCGAAGAUGGAAAAUGAGCAAGAGAAAGAAGAUACUAGUGAUUUCGAAGACGUCAAAGAUGAGAAAGAUAGAGAUGAAUGUUAUGAAGCUGAACCCAUCAAAGGAGAGGAAAGCGAGGAAGAUAGAGAUGAACGUUAUGAAGCUGAACCAAUCAGAGAGGAAAGUGAGGAAGAUAGAGAUGAACGUUAUGAAGCUGAACCAAUCAGAGAGGAAAGCGAGAAAGAUAGAGAUGAACGUUAUGAAGCUGAACCAAUCAGAGAGGAAAGCGAGGAAGAUAGAGAUGAACGUUAUGAAGCUGAACCAAUCAGAGAGGAAAGCGAGAAAGAUAGAGAUGAACGUUAUGAAGCUGAACCCAUCAAAGGAGAGGAAAGCGAGGAAGAUAGAGAUGAACGUUAUGAAGCUGAACCAAUCAGAGAGGAAAGCGAGGAAGAUAGAGAUGAACGUUAUGAAGCUGAACCAAUCAGAGAGGAAAGAGAGGAAGAUAGAGAUGAACGUUAUGAAGCUGAACCCAUCAAAGGAGAGGAAAGAGCAAAAGAAAAUGAAACAGCUGACAAAGUCAAAGAUGAGAAGAGCAAGGAAGAGACAGAAAAAUAUGAUUCUCAUGAGAUUGAACCUGCGAAAGAGGAGGAAGAGGAGAUGCAAGAGAAAGAUCUACGAGAGGCCUUACAGCGCACCACACAGACAAGAACGGUAGAGAAACUAGAGGUGACGUCUGCGACAAAGCUUGAGUCUACAUUUCAGGUUCAGUACUCAGAUGGAGAUGAGGAGGAGGAAGAGGAAGAUGAAUCCAUUUGUAUGACUGGUGCAGGCUCAAGACCUUUAUCAGUGGAACCUAGACAAUCAGAGCACGACAUCAUGUCUCAACAUCUACACUCAACUCAGCCAUCAGAGAAUGUGCUUAGUGACCAAACGAAGGACCGCCACUCUGAACAGACCACUGGGCUUGUGUCCUCAUUACCGAAACGGGAGGCCUCUCCUGAUAAAGACAUCAAAGAGCAGCAUAAAGAAGGACAACAUAGACUCUCCCCUGAACUAGAAAAGGACACCAGGACAACUGAGACCACAUCAGGACCCCAUCUCAGCCAAGAGCCCACCAUUGGUUUCCCUACCAUGAAAGAGGAUCCAGUCUCUGCUAUCUCUACCACUAAAAAAGAACCAGUCUCAGACUCCAUCACUACAGAUAGCCAGGCUAUAAGUUCAACACUAUCAAGCACCGAUAGCCAGGCUAUAAGUUCAACACUAUCAAGCGCUGACAGCCAAGCUGUAAGUUCCACUCUCUCAAGCACCGAGAGCCAGGCUGUAAGUUCCACUCUCUCAAGCACCGAGAGCCAGGCUGUAAGUUCCACUCUCUCAAGCACCGAGAGCCAGGCUGUAAGUUCCACUCUCUCAAGCACCGAUAGCCAGGCUGUAAGUUCCACUCUCUCGAGCACCGAUAGCCAGGCUGUAAGUUCCACUCUCUCGAGCACCGAUAGCCAGGCUGUAAGUUCCACUCUCUCGAGCACCGAUAGCCAGGCUGUAAGUUCCACUCUCUCGAGCACCGAUAGCCAGGCUGUAAGUUCCACUCUCUCGAGCACCGAUAGCCAGGCUGUAAGUUCCACUCUCUCGAGCACCGAUAGCCAGGCUGUAAGUUCCACUCUCUCGAGCACCGAGAGCCAGGCUGUAAGUUCCACUCUCUCGAGCACCGAUAGCCAGGCUGUAAGUUCCACUCUCUCGAGCACCGAUAGCCAGGCUGUAAGUUCCACUCUCUCGAGCACCGAUAGCCAGGCUGUAAGUUCCACUCUCUCGAGCACCGAUAGCCAGGCUGUAAGUUCCACUCUCUCGAGCACCGAGAGCCAGGCUGUAAGUUCCACUCUCUCGAGCACCGAGAGCCAGGCUGUAAGUUCCACUCUCUCGAGCACCGAGAGCCAGGCUGUAAGUUCCACUCUCUCGAGCACCGAGAGCCAGGCUGUAAGUUCCACUCUCUCGAGCACCGAUAGCCAGGCUGUAAGUUCCACUCUCUCGAGCACCAACAGCCAGGCUGUAAGUUCCACUCUCUCGAGCACCGAUAGCCAGGAUGGUGUGGAGGAAUCCCCCCAGCAUGAAACACUGCUGCCUUCUAUUACAACAAGCAAAGAAGCAUCUAAUACGGAUGAAAAGGCGAAGCAUGUUUCUCAAAAAGGAGAGGAGAAACCAGGCAAGGAAGCUGAGAGGGAAUUGGAAACCGAGCGGGAAGUUGCUUCCCCGGGACACACAAAACCUUGUUCAUAUUUUCUCUUGGAUAAAGAUUCUGCAAAGUUUCCGGAGGAAGUGGGCCAAAUUGAUGCUACAAAAGCAGACAGUGCCUCUGAAAAUGUGGAAGGUUUUGACAAAAUGAGAACAGAGAAGGAGGCGAUCGGUGUGGGCUUGCAAGAAGAAAAUCAGGGCUUUGGCAUGUCUAAGUAUGAACCCUAUGAAAAGCCCAUUUCGAAAGAAGAGGCAUCAGACAAUAAAGAAGACAGUGAGGUUUCUAGAGAGUUUGAUCAGUCAGCACAUAUUGGCGUUGAUGAUAACAGGAGAACUAGGCAGGCAGACGCUGGUGCAGCUGAAUUCGACUCAGAGGACGAGGAAAAAGAGGAACCGCUGUCAUUCAGUAGCGUUGAUUACACUCCCCCACAUUUCACAGAGAGCGAGAGAAGCCCCAGUUGUAGCCCAAGUGCCUUCCCUGAACACAAUGACAAAGAGAAAGGUCAAGAAGAAGAGAGUGAUAGGAAGGAGGGACAUGCUACACCACACGUGGAAAACAGCUUUGCAUAUUCAGAGACUCAAGACAACAAAACCACCCCAGCAGAGCCAUGCUCAUUACCUUUCAAUCUCAAAGAAGAUAAACCUGAAAAAGUUGAGAAAGAUGAAAUGAAGGACGACGCCUGGUCGGCCCCUCAAACAUCGACAGGAGAGACGGACAAGACUGGAGCAUCUCCUAGUAUAGAGGAGUAUCUGCCAGUCCAGUCAUGCAGAAAGGAAACAGCCUCUCUGUCAUGGGGCCAAUCCAACCUUGGUGCCCAAGCCUCAGCUACUGCCAUGCUUUUUGAAGACAUCCCUGAGAAGCAGACAACAGAGAAGGAAAAAGAUGAGCCAGUGAAAGACAAGUUGGAUUCAUCUGAUAGUGAGCGAGGAGACUCUCCCUCUGGUCGCUACUCACCAGCGGAGAAAGACAUGUUACCCCGUCAAGUUUCGCCUAAGGAAAAGGAAAAUCAGGCUACUGAUGCCCCCCUGGCCGCGUACUCAGGACAUCUCAUAGACGAUAAUGUUCUUGCAUCUGAGUACACUCAAAUUGGCAGCUCUAUCACCAGUAAAUCUACAAUGGGCUAUUCUGAGAGAGAAGACACCCCGGACAGUGUGUAUAAGAGGCUACUGGUGGUGGGAGAGGAUUAUGAUGAUGAUGAUGAUGAUGAUGUCGAUGAUGAAGAUGAUGAAGAUGAGGACGGUGAAGAUGCGGAGGAAGAAGAAGAAGAAGCCAGUGAUCUAGAUGUGGAGAAGGGUGCAAGAGAGCAGUCUGAAAAAGACAUCUGUAAAACGACAUCGGAUGAUACCACACCUUCGAAACUUCUUGUUACAGAAGAAGAGGACAAGAAGGCCCUCUCACCCGAACCAAACCUCCUCAAAAAGGAGGAACCUACCCAUUCAAUGACCACAAUCUUCCCUCCACUGGUAGAUACUGCAGAUUCCCUUUUGAAGAAUGUAGUUGGGGCCUCGCCACUCCAGUCUGGCAGUUCCACUGCAAUAGAACCAACAGGAUCUGGAGGAUAUCCUUCUGAAUCCUCAGAGUUUUCUGAGGACAGCCAGCUGGGGUUAAAGGAGGAGAGGUUUGACAGUCCUGACCUAUCUCUACCCACCAAGUCUAGUGAAGAUAAACAUUACAAUCAGGGAGACAAUGAAGCUGAGAGGCAGAGAAGCCCAGAUACCGCUAGUCGAAAACCAGAGGAAGCUCCUUCGUCUUACCUCCCAUCUGCCUCAGCUUCUCUAUCAACAAGCCACCAGUUUCGAGAGGAGGUAGAGAGUCCCGUUACAGUGUCUAGUGCCCCCUACAGGACGGAUUCUGAGGUUGCUUCCUUUGAGUAUUCUUCAUUCAAAGAUGAAGACUCUUCAGUCAAGCACUCAAUCCUCUCAACCUCAAGGGUAAUACUAAAAGAGGAGUACCUAGAAGCCUCUGAAAAGCUUACCUCAACAACUACAACUACAUUCAGUCUGACACAAGUCUCUCCAGUCUUACCUACUCCAGCCAUAGACACUAUUCAACAAGACACAUCAUCAAGCCAUAAAAUGGACAAGGGUCAGACCUCUGAUACCUUUCAUAAACUUGAGGGCAUUGUUGAAACCAAAACCAUGUCUGCUGGGGCUUCAGAACCAUUAAGUUCCCAGCUGUCCAAACCCGCUGAAACCAUAUCCACUUCAAGGGCUCUCUUUGAUGUUUCCCCAUUGCAAAGAGCUGACUCUCCUGACAGAGAGUCCCAGGGCUCAUUGGACAGCAAAGAGUCCUACACUCUUCCAUGCCGCAUUGAAUGCCAGAAAUCUUCAGUGACAGAGCAAAAAGAAGGUAUGCUGUCCAUAACUGAGACACACAUGGUCACCAUCGUCUCCAGUACAACCACAACAGUGACCCAAUCUGAUGUGGUGACAAAACCACAAGAGUCAACUGAAGCCUCUUCCAAUGGGCCUACUGAGGUUCGCACAAGUGCCCAAGAAGUCUUCAGUGAAGCAAGCAAAGCCUCUUGUGCCACAAUGUCAGAUCUACCUAAAUCUGAUCUGCUUAAAUCUGAUCAGAAAAAGGAGGAAGAAGAAGAAGAGACAAAGAAAGAGAAAGAUCAGAUGGAAAUGAAAGUGGAGGAGAAGAAAGAGAGCAAAGUAGAGACCCUAAAGGAGGACAAGGAAAUGCCAGAGCAAAAGGAUAAGGAGAAGAAAGAGAUGGCUGGAGAGAAGGAAAAGGUAGAGGAAAAGCAAUUGGAGGAGAAAGACGGGAAGGAGGAGGAGAAGAAAGACCAGGCUGAUGAGGAGAGUGAAAAGGAGAAGGAGAGGAAGGAGGGAGAGAAAGAGAAAGUAGAGGAUAAAAAAGCAGAGAAACCGGAAGAGAAGAUGUCCGAAAGGAGAAGGAGUAGCUUAUCUGACUGGGAACUCCUACAAGGGCCGGGCGCAUGCCCAAGCGCCCCUCCAGGCUAUGAAGAUGACAGGGAAGAGGAGGAGGAAGUGUACGAAACGGAAGAAGCAGAAGAAGCAGAGGAAGAAUAUGGCGAAGAAGAAUGCGUAGCUCCAGGCCAGCCCACCCCUCUGUCCACAGCAGAACAUGCCCACCAUACAAAGGCAUCUGCCAAAACAGAUGGAGUAUCCAGUCGUCCCACUGACCUGCAUAUGGAGGCUACCUCCUCGUCCCCCCCUAGUUACUCCUCAUGUGAAUACAAACACCGCAAAGGAGAAAUCUCCCCAUCCUUCAUCAACCCCAGUCCACACACCCUCUCCAGUGAUGAUGGCGAAGAGGACAAAGGGAGCGACCACUCUCUUGAGGGGGAUGAAGACGACCGCGAGCAACACUCGGUCAAGAGGAGGUCUCACAAGCAGAAGCGACAUCUCACUCAAUGUGGAGCUACUGGAGCAGGGGAGGGGUCGCAACCCGUUUCCAUGCCUCCUGGUGGCAUGGCAACUGGACUCGGGGUGGUGCUAGCUGGAGAGGAGACGCCCCCCACAUCAGUGAGCGACUCAUUAGCUUCGCAGUCUGACUCAGACGUACCUCCAGAGACCGAGGAGUGCCCGUCGAUUACAGCAGAGGGAAACCUGGACUCAGACGAAGAUGCAGAACACCUGCCGGUGGACAAACUAUCUGCAUCUGCCACCGGAGGGGGCCAUCAACCCCCCUCGCCCAGAUCAGCUGCGAAGGCCCACGACCCCAUACCUGCCCCUAUGAAGGACCCCCUCCCUCACCCGCCACACCCUGACGUGUGCAUGGUGGACCCAGAGGCCCUCUCUAACGACCAGAGCAGCACGGAGAAACUUCUCAAGAAGGAUCACAAGACAACCAAGAGCCUGCGGAAGGGCCUGGGCAAACCUAAGUCUGCGUCCCCAGCCCGGAAGGGGAAGAGGUCCACCACCCCUGUGAAGCAGACCUCCAAGGACUCCUCGCCUCGAUCGGCCUCUCUGAGAAGGAGGGACACGGAAAGGAGCUCCAGGCUGACGCAGAAGUCCGAGGGCCUGGGAUCCAAGGGGGACCUACACGCUCCAGGGAAAGGCCUGGUGAACGGCGUCAAGAGCAAUUUGGGUACCAACUCCCAGAAAUCUAGUUCAGCCGUCCCCCCUGGGCCUCCAAUCUAUGUGGACCUGGCCUACGUGCCCAACCACUGCAGUGCCAAGAAUGUGGACCAGGAGUUCUUCAAGCGGGUGCGUGCUGCGUACUACGUGGUGAGCGGCAACGACCCGGCCGGUGGAGAGCCUAGUCGUGGUGUCCUGGAUGCCCUUUUGGAGGGCAAGGCCACAUGGGGCUCCAAUCUACAGGUGACUCUGAUCCCUACUCAUGACACAGAGGUGACACGGGACUGGUACCAGCAGACGCACGAGAAACAGCAGGACCUGAACAUCAUGGUCUUGGCCAGUAGCAGCACAGUGGUCAUGCAGGAUGAGUCCUUUCCUGCCUGCAAGAUUGAGUUCUAAGUUCUGCACCCGUUGCUAUUUUACCUUCCUCUUCCUCAUCCGUGCUACUCUUUAUCCUCCCAUAUGUAAGACUCCAUUGCAUUUGCUGUCGUAUUCGGCAUGUGCACUGGCUUCCAACUAGUCAGUGUUAUCUGAUAACAGCUACGGUAUGUCAGGCAGAAGCAUAGCUAAAGUACAGGGUACAUGGUAGCUGUACAAAGGUGUGAUGUAUAUUUUUUUCAAUUAUGCUUUCCAUUUAAACAACAUACUUGCAUGAUUAAAAACGCCUCUUUAUUAGAUUUGAUCUUAAACAAUAUUGUUUUGUUUUCCUUCACAUAUAACCUCUCCAACGUGCACAUAUUGUGAUCACACACAUCAUCUGUGAUGAGGAUCAUUCUCCAAACUUAUUUCAGCUUUCAAAUCACUGUACUGCACCUCAAAUCCACAUCUAAAUGGACAACACUUUCCAGUUUUGUCUGGCGUUUUUGGGGCAUCUAGUGCCUAAUGCUCCAUUAAGAUUGUCCACAGUGAUGUCACAUUCAACAUGUGAAACUUCAACACUCUUACUUAUUGUCUUAAACUCAACAGAGAAAUACAAAAUGAAAAUAAAAUGUAUAAAUUGCUUAUCCAAAGGGCCAAAGUAAGUGCCAAAACAGUCUUGAGGUAAGACAGUGGCUGUGUCCCAAAUCUGGCUUGCCUACUACUUCCCUAAACAGUAUACUGCGUACUAAUUGAACUACAUACUACAAUGUACUUAGUAAAAAAAAUGUAUGCAGCAAGCAACAAAUAUGAACAUAAUGCGAAGGCAUCAAACGUGUUGUCGCACUUGUCCCCCCGUCAUUUGGUCAUCUGAUUAUCAGCUGGUGUCGAACCAGCACGGGUGUGAAAAAAAAACCCAGAUUCACUUCCUCAAUAGUGUGUAGUAAAUUCUACCAGACGAACAGCCUAAAUAAGUAUGACAUCUAGGCAUUUCAUGAAUACUCGAUUAUCGAAAUUUCACAUACUCAAACGACCUACUAUUUAGGAUGCAAGUAUGGAUAUUCGGACACGGGCAGUUAACGCUCUGCAAAAUAAGUUGAAAACCGUUACGAGAUUAACAGUUACUUGAUCUCGCUUGUACGCAGACUACACACAAUGUUGUAUAAUGGUAGUAGCUUCGUAAGUCUCCUAAAUCAGACUACAUACAAUGUUGUAUAAUGGUAGUAGCUUAGUAAGUAUCCUAAAUUGAGGCUUUGUUUUCGAUAUAUAAGACAUUACUCCUGUUGGGAGAUAUUACGUAAGAGGCAGCUCUAGAUGCUGUACCAUUUGACUUUCUCAGUACUCUUAACUACGUCAACUGGUGUUACAGAGGACUAUUACCACAUUGCUUGUCGUGAGGCUUUAGGAGGGGCCUGAAAGUGCUACUUUCAGUUUAAAUAACUAGCUAGCUUUUAUGAAUUAUUUUUCCUCAGUAGCUGAAGCAUGAUUCUUGCAUUUAGCUCAGACUCCUCCCUCGAGGAAGUAGA